CGGUGGCUCGAAAGCGAUGUGGCGAGACUGGGUAAAGGCGAUUCGUCGAAAGCGGGCACGGUCAGAUCACGGUGCGUUGGGCUGAGCGAGUUGGCGAGUCGUAGACAGCGACGGGGUGCGAGGUAUCACGAGCGAUUGAAAAGGAAUGACAAGGGCUCGUCGAGGUUGGUUCAGCAAAUAAGACGGUCGUUUGGGGAAGCGACCAACGGAUGGGGGGAUGAGGGGAGGGAAGAAUGCGCGGGGGCUGCGGGGCGGGCUUUAUACCCGCUGCCACGCCGCGUGUUAGAGGUGCGGGAAGCCAACGUGAUGCGUUUGCAGGGAUGCCCAAGCGCGUCGGAAGCUGCCACGCGCGACGGACGCGCCCCCGAAUCACUGCGUUGGAGUCGGCACGCAUGCGCCCCGCGGGGAGUCUCACGGAAGAUACAAAGGUUCUUCCUAGGUUCCUCCUCUUGAAAGGUCUGUAAAGGGAGUGGUCAGUAAGGAUCUCCUCGCUGGAAGUGAAGGUGACGAGAGCUCGAUCGCAGAGAAUACAUAUCCCGUAACCAUCGCAGUCCGCCAAGCCUUUCUGCACCUCGACUACCUCGAACGCUGGACUGGACUGGGGUCUGAUGCUGUCACACACGAAAAGCGUCGAGAGCGAAAGGCAUUGAUACAACCUCUACAAACAAGAGCGCCCUCUAGUA